CUGUCUGUCUCUCCGGGUUUCAGCCGUCUGUUGUUCAGUGUUCACUAGCUCUCAUCAUGCGUCAGUGUUUAAUGUAACUGGAAUAAAACUAACUUUCUGCUCUGCUCUACUUUGACCUGGCGUCUUCUUUAUAAACCCAGGACUUAUUCCUAAUCAAGGGUUCAUCUUUUCACAAACCGCGAGGCGAAUAUUCAGAGCUGUUCUUCAUAACUAAACAUGUCUAUAUUGCCUUUCACGCCUCCUAUCGUGAAGAGGCUUCUGGGCUGGAAGAAGGGCGAGCAGCACGGACAGGAGGAGAAAUGGUGUGAGAAGGCAGUGAAGAGUCUGGUGAAGAAGUUGAAGAAGACAGGGCAGCUGGAUGAGUUGGAGAAGGCCAUUACCACCCAAAGUAUCAACACCAAGUGCAUCACUAUACCGAGGUCUCUGGAUGGCCGUCUGCAGGUAUCUCACAGAAAAGGCCUCCCUCAUGUGAUCUACUGCCGGCUGUGGCGCUGGCCUGACCUGCAGUCCCACCAUGAGCUCCGUGCCAUAGACAUGUGUGAGUUUGCCUUCCACACGAAGAAGGAUGAAGUGUGUGUGAACCCCUACCACUACCAGCGUGUGGAGACACCAGUUUUGCCCCCAGUCCUGGUUCCUCGGCACACUGACAUCCCCACUGAAUUCCCUCCGCUGGAUGAUUACUCCAUUCCUGAGAACACCAUAUUCCCUUCUGGAAUUGAGCCGCCGAGCAACUAUAUUCCGGAGACGCCUCCUCCAGGCUACCUGAGCGAGGAUGGCGAAACCAGCGACCACCACAUGAAUCACAGCAUGGACACAGGUUCUCCGAGCCUUUCACCCAACCCGGUUUCCCCCGCAAACAACAACCUAGACCUGCAACCGGUAACAUACUGCGAGUCUGCCUUCUGGUGCUCCAUCUCCUACUACGAGUUGAACCAGCGUGUAGGCGAGACCUUUCACGCCUCCCAACCAUCUCUGACAGUGGAUGGCUUUACAGACCCCUCCAACGCAGAGCGUUUCUGUCUGGGACUGCUGUCUAAUGUGAACCGCAACGCAGCUGUGGAGCUCACGCGCAGACACAUCGGCCGAGGUGUGCGCUUGUAUUACAUCGGUGGCGAAGUGUUUGCAGAGUGUCUGAGCGACAGUGCUAUUUUCGUCCAGAGUCCAAACUGUAACCAGCGUUAUGGCUGGCACCCCGCCACGGUGUGUAAGAUUCCUCCCGGCUGUAAUCUAAAGAUCUUCAAUAAUCAAGAGUUUGCUGCUCUCUUGACCCAAUCUGUGAAUCAGGGUUUUGAGGCUGUGUACCAGCUCACCCGCAUGUGCACGAUCCGCAUGAGUUUCGUCAAAGGUUGGGGAGCCGAGUACAGACGGCAAACAGUGACCAGCACCCCCUGCUGGAUAGAGCUGCAUCUUAACGGCCCUCUGCAGUGGUUGGACAGAGUGCUUACUCAGAUGGGCUCUCCAAACCUCCGGUGCUCCAGCGUGUCGUAGGAUGAACCCGCAAGCCCUAUCUAAAUAACGACACCCAGAACUUACCAUCUUUUGCUGCUGUACAGUAAAAGCAGCAGAGCAAACAAACUGAACAAAACUAAGGACAGAGAUGAAAACAUCUGCAGGACUUUCGAGAAUGUCAGUUCAACAGAUUUUAGUUUAAGCACUUUCAAACAAUGACACUCACGGAUCAUGGAUGUGUUCCCAAAGUGUGAACAGUUUAAUAUGAGGCACUUACCUCAAUGUUUAUAUAAACCCUUUAUUUUUGGUUUAACAAAUCACCACAGGUAGCUUGAUUUGAAACUAUAAUUCAUGAGUCUUGUCUAUCUAUGAUUGCUUAAAAUCAUGGGUGCCUAAUAGACAUUUCUGGCAGUAUGUGACCAGAUAAGCGUUUUAAAACGUUUCCACAACCUUCAGUGAAGGGGUCCUGUGUGAACUUACGUUAGCCUGGUAGCUAGCAAUAAGCUAGCUGUUUGUGUAGUUGUGCUUCCUGUCCAUGCCGAACAGGUCAGUAUAUUGUGUCUGAGAUCCACGUUGGUCUCGUUUGCACAGUUAACCAGGUUUGUGAACUUCUAGACUAGCAGGGACUGAGUUUGACAAAGGUACCCAGUCUAUGGUAAAGCAACCUUGAUGAUAAAAAGCACUUAUUUUUACAACUCGUCCAUGAAGUAAACAAGAGUUUUGUCAGUGACAAAUGUAAUAGUUGAUAGUGCCAUCGUUUCUCUUAACUUGAAGAUGGUCACUGUAAGAAUUGUGCUCGGUAAAGGCAAAUCAGACAUUUUGUAAUACGUAUUUUUGCAUAAAUCGUGAAGUAUAUUUUUACUGCUAUAGAGUAUUGAGAUAAGAUUAUGUAGUUGUCCAUCACUGUCAUAGGAGUUGCAGCACCAGUUGGUGUUGUAUAAAUUACAUAAAGGACACAUACACAAUAACAUUUACUGGCCAAACAGUUCACAUUUUUUGCUCUUUUUAGGAUUGCUUAGAUAGGCCAAGAUAGUCAUUGAUUUGUUCACAUGGUUAUUAGCUUGUCGGUUUUUCUGUUUGUGUUUAUCAUGGUGCAUCAAAGGGAUGUUUUAAACUCAGGACCACCAAUCCAUUUAACAUAUACAGAUUUUUAUGCAAGAAAAUAGUGCAUUUUUUAUUUCUAUCUUGAGUAGGGUCAAAACUAAAUCGACACUAUUGUAUUUGAUGUCUUUUCAUGAAAAUGUAGAGGGCAAGUACUGCUGGCAGCUCUUGGAUCGCUUGUAUUAUUGUACAAAGAUAGUUUAUAUAUGUACUAGCUGGAUUUUCUUUAUUUUGAGCUUAUUUUGUGUAUGCUUUAAAUAUCAUGGACAGAUUUCAUAUUUUACCAAUCUAUUCAUUGCAUGGACUGGAAAUGCAUUCUUUACAAAUGAAUGGUUUCUUAUUUUAUUGUUUGACGUAUGGACUCUCAAAGGAGUACAUGGGUGAUUCUCACGAAAACUUGGUUUUAAAAAUGUCAAGCAUGAAAAUGUAAAAAUUGCUUAAAUUUAUUUUUUUUCCCACCAGACAUUGAAAAACAAAGUCUGGAGUAAAUGGGAACAUUAAUUUAAAAACGUUUACUUAUCAUUUAACACUUUCUGUAACAUAAUUUAAAAAAUUAGUCCUAAAAAAUCUCAUUACCGCAACAGUCAGAAAACAUCAACACUGACAUAUUUUCAAAAUGACAUGACAAACCUGAAAGAACAUAAUUUGGAGAUUCUGCACAUGCAUUUAAAAUCAAAGUAUUAUGCUUCUAUUAAUUCAAUUAACAUUUAAUAAGCAUCUGUUGCGGUAAUGAUAAUCAAAAUGUCGUGUAAGCAUUCUGACAAGACAAUAUUUCAAAUUAACUGUAAAAAAUGAUCUUACCUGGUAGCCAUCUUGAAGUAACUGGUCCAUGUGCUUGGUCACUCAAAAUCAAACUUUAUUAAAAUUCUGUAUGUGUGCUUAAACUGUUCUCAAAAAGUGUUGCGGAGGAUGAGAACAUCAGGCAUGGACACAUCAUUUUCCUAAUUUUUCUUCAUUAUUAUUAUACAUGAAUAUUCAGUAAAUACUUUUUCUGUCAUCUAAAGUAGUCUAGCAAAACAUCCAUUUAUUUUUUUUCUUAAUAUUUUUGUGUCAAUAUGAUUAAAUUACAACAUAACGCAUGUUCAAACACAGCCGGACACAUUGCGGUAAUGAGAAUUUCAGCAGAAAAUGAGAUAAAAUUUACAAUUAUAAAUUCUUAUGUUGAAAUCACACAUUGUGCAAGGUAGAACACAGUAUUGUGUUAAUUCUGAUGCUUUUUAAUGUUACUAUAUUACACAUUUUAAAGCUAAAAUCAUUAGUGCCGUGGUGUUUCAAUGGUUUCGUGAGAAUCACCCACAUACUGAAACAUUUCUCAUGGUAAUAUCAAAGCGCUCUGCUUGCUUUAGUUUGUACAGUCUGGAAAUUGAGCAAUUGAUCCUUGUGAUGUUUGAUCCCCACCAGCUGACCUUGCUGUAUAUCUUAUGACUUUGCUGGCACCUCCUCUGCAACUUAACAGGCCCUUGAGGUUUUUAAUUAGAUUUGACAUUUUCACCGAAAUUUUGAUAUUAAAGUAUUCAGUGUCUUUUAAAUAACUGUUGAUUUGGUAAAGCAUUUGACCAGUCAUAAAUUUAGUAGAUAAAUAUAUAGGUGAUUUAUAUAAUUGCAGGUACACUUGUGUGUCCAAAGUAAUUUUUUCAAAUGAUUAUAUUUUCUAAUAUUUUAAUUAUUUGGUACUCAUUGUCAUGGAUUAGAAGAUAUUGCAGGCCAUAACAAUAUAAUAUUUUUGUAACAUGUAUUAUAUAGCUAAACAUUAUGAUUUCCUGUUAUCGGAAUUAGUCUCCGUCUAUUCUGUUACUGUCAAAAUUUGAUAUAACUGGACACCUGCAAUUACAUUAUCACCUUUACACUCUUAUACUGGUGCUUAAUUCCUGUUUGCCCUGAAUAAUCUUCACUUUUCUGAAAUAUAUACUUACAUUUACUGUUGUAUUGCAUUUGUUAUCUAAGUUUUAAUAAUAAAAUGUUUGAAACUAGA